AUGGAAGUCCUCGUGGAUUGCCGCAACACCCUCUUUGCGAAAGGCUUACAUCACUGGGUUGGAGGAGCUCUGGCGGUGGUGUUUUGGACGCCAUGGGUUCUUAACUCAAUGUACUCUGAAACGGAGAUUGAUAUCGUCAAAGGGAACCUGCAGACAAUGGCUCGCGAGCAACAGCAGCACUCGCGGAAAAACAAAGCUUUGAACCCUAUGCGCAUCUUUGAGGAUGGCCAAAGGGUGCUACCCAGGCAUUAUAUAGCUUACACAGCCCUGGAGAAACAUAGAAGAAGAUCCAUCAUGGGAGCCUCCUCUAUCCUUAGCAUUUUUGAGGGCGCCAAAAGCUUUUACAUACCACCGCACAGCUCUUAUCAUGUUGAUUUGAAUCCUGCUUAUGAUGCAAAGUUGGAUGCUGAAAUUGACAAAUGGUGUAUGGAUUUUUUGAACUCGCAUGAUCUCACUGAUCACAAGGCUCAGUUUGCCAUUCAGAGCAAGCUGGGAAAACUUGCAGGCUUGGCAUACCAGGCCAUUUCUUCAGAGAGACUGCGUCCCAUGGCAAAAUUCUUGUGCUGGUUGUAUCUUGCAGAUGAUUUUAUGGACAAUCCCUCUGUCCCUGUCUCGGACCUGAAGAAUGCCACACUUGCAUACAAGCUCAUCUUCAAAAACGACUAUGAUCAAGCCAUAACUCUGGUGGAAAGUAAAGGCCUUCUGCGGCAAAUGGGGAUGCUUAACGAUGUCUACACUGAUCUAAAGGGUUUCAUGAAUCCUGGACAUAGGACCCGGUUUUCGAAAUCCAUGGUUGAUGUUCUCGACAUGUUUGAGGUGGAAUCAAGUUGGCUUCACAAGACACUGGUUCCCAACUUUGAGAUUUAUAUGUGGAUGAGGGAGGUAACGGCUGGGGUUAUCCCUUGCAUGGUGGCAAUAGACUUCCUUAAUAAUUUUGGGCUGGAAGAGGAAGGAGUGCUAGACGAUCCCCAUAUUCAAACGCUGGAAGCGAUUGCAAAUCGCCAUACGUUCCUAGCCAAUGACAUGCUGUCCUUCAAAAAGGAAUGGGCUUGUAAACAGUACCUCAAUUCUGUGGCACUGGUUGGUUACAGUAGCAACUGUGGCUUAAACGAGGCAAUGGAGAAAGUUGCACAAAUGGUUCAGGAUUUGGAGAAAGAGUUUGCUGACAUCAAACAGAAGGUUCUCUCAAACAAGGACUUGAACAAGGGAAAUGUCAUGGGGUAUGUGCAAGGCUUGGAGUAUUUCAUGGCUGGAAAUAUAGAGUUUAGCUGGCUCUCUGCGAGAUAUCAUGGGGUGGGAUGGGUUUCACCAGCUGAGAAAUAUGGUACCUUGGAGUUCUAG